ACAUAGCAUACACUUCUCGAGGAUUUUUAAUAUUUACUAAUAUUUUUCAUCCUGUCCAAUUUUAUCAAUCAGCGCGUGGGUGCAAUUACUCUGUAGUUUGUUGCUCUUUGUAAAGAGUUGUGGAAAAAGACCUCUGAUUGGGAAGCCAAUUAAGUCCACACAAUCAAGCAUACAGCGCAGAUGUGUAGCAAUCUCGUCAUGUUGCUUCUACAAAUACAACUUAGGUAUUAUAAUUAAGGCGAUUCAGCUCAUUUCAUCUCGACAUAAAAUACCGACCAGUGGACGGCUAUAACAGAUAAGUACAUUAAUGCUAAAACCAAAGGCUAAAACUACUGGGUAUCUGUCAAUGAUAAAAUGUAUAUGGCAACUUACAUUAGAUGUUAGCGCUGUCUAGGCUGUCUGUUCUCCAGUCCCCUUGAUUAUGCUCUAUCUGCUAAACAUAACGUCAAAGUUACGUGAUAUUUAGUGAUCGUAGCAGAGUUUCGUCUCGUAAAUGUUUAUAUUUUACAGAAGGUGUAUCACUAAUGACUCGAAAGUUGUUAUGACAUCUCUACAAUUAUAUAAACAUUUAUUGAGGCAGUGCGAAAAGCUUCCUCCUGACGCCUGUAAACAUUAUAAGUUUGCUGUUAAGCAGAGCUACAAGCAACACAAGUUUGAACCUGACACAGAGAGAGUAAAAGAGAUCAUUGCUAAAAGUUUGGAUGAUGCUAAAUGGAUUCUUAAUAAGUACACGAAAAAAUAAUGGAUGUUAUGAAAAUGGAUAUUAAUGGAUUACGUAGAAAGGAUAAUUUCAUUCAUGAUACUAGAAUAUUGUAAAGGAUAAGAAUGUUUGGGGAAAAAAUUGAAGAUUACGAAAUAUUGGAGCAUCUUGGUAAAGGAGGGUUUGCUCAUGUUUAUAGAGCAAGAUGUCGACAAACAGGAGUAUUUGUUGCUAUCAAAAUGAUAGACAAAGCACUCAUGGCAAGUGCUGGAAUGAUUGGCAGAGUAAGACAAGAAGUCACCAUACACUCUCGGCUGAAACAUCCAGCUAUUUUAGAGUUAUAUACUUUUUUUGAAGAUGCACAUUAUGUUUAUUUAGUCUUAGAACUAGCUCACAAUGGUGAGUUAGCCAAACACUUCAAGUUAGGUACACGUGGGCUUUCUGAGAAAGCAGCUGCUGACAUAUUGAGACAAGUGUUAAGCGGAGUAUUGUACCUUCAUACACACAAUAUUAUCCAUAGAGAUUUAUCACUGAAUAACUUACUAUUGACAAAGGAUCUGAAUGUUAAAAUUGCUGAUUUUGGCCUGGCAACACAGCUAAAUGGACCUGAUGAAAAGCAUGUUACCAUGUGUGGUACACCAAACUAUAUAUCUCCUGAGGUUGCAUCAAGAGAAUUUCAUGGAUUACCAGCAGAUGUUUGGGGCCUUGGUUGCAUGUUAUACACUUUACUCGUAGGAAGCCCACCAUUUCACACUCAACAUGUUAAAACCACACUUAACAGAGUUAUUAAUGCUGAUUACAAAAUCCCUAUGGAACUAUCCUUACCAGCUCAGGAUUUACUGCAGAAACUAUUGUGUAAGGACCCAACUAAAAGAAUUACAUUGAAGGGUAUUUUGGAACAUCCUUUUUUAAAUAAUGCCCAAAGUUCUUCCAAGCACGAUAUAUCUCGCGAUUCCGGUUUUCUUACUACACUGCACAGCACUCAACAUAGCAAUCGAUUUAAAAACGAUGAUAAAGUAUGUGUUUUGAAAGAAUUUAACACAGGAAAAAAUGAAGUUCAUCCUAAGCCAUUUAAUGUCUUUACUGGUGCACAAGAAUUCAGUACGAAUUCAGGUUUUUCCAACAAUCAUGCAUAUAAUGUUUGUAAAGGCUCUGAUAGAGGUUCUCCUGAUAUGUUUGAUUUUACAAACCAGCAUAACAUUCUGAAGAAAACUAAUGAUAGCCCUUACAACAGCAAUUUGUCAUUAUUAGAAAAGAACAUGAGAAAAUUUGAUGUUAAUUGCAAAUUAGUUAAAAACACAAAUCCUAAUUUAGAAGAUGACAAAGAGAACAUACCUAAAUUAUGUAACGUAAAUUCCAAAAAUAAUACCCUCAGUGUUCCUCCUUUGUGUGCUGAAAGAUUACCUACAAUUUCUCACCGAACACGUAACGCCAUACUGAAAAUAGAGUCAACAGGCGUGAUAGUAGAAUUUAUUAAAAAGAAAGGUAAAGAUAGAGAAGAACAAGUUGUAGAAAUUUGUAAAAUAUCUAAGGAUGGUAUGAAAAUAAUAAUUUAUACAGUCGAUAACAAAAGCAGAACCUUAGACAAAGAUCAUGACCCCAAUCCUGAUGAAGUGUUUACCUAUCAUAACCUACCGCAGAAACAUUGGAAAAAAUAUUUAUAUGCAUCACGAUUCGUCGAAUUGGUCAAAGCUAAAACACCAAAGAUAACACUGUAUACAUCUUUAGCUAAAUGUCAGCUUAUGGAAAAUGGCACGGAUAUAGAAAUAUUUUUUUACUCUGGCGAGAAGGUUACUUUCACUAGCUCUGAUGGUUUAAAAGUAAUUGAUAAAAAUCUAAAAACUCACUACAACCUUUCCAAGGCGCCCGACUUGAAAUAUAUAACAGACCACUUUGACGAAUGUUCAAACCGCAUGAAACGUGUGCAAACGGCAUUAUCGGGCAUAUCUGAUGAAUGUUUUCCGUUAAUAAUAGGUAAAAGGCCAGUUCAACCAACAAACAAUGUACUAUCACCCCACCAAGGUUCAACUGUAGGUACUCCGCUUUUAAAUAUAGGCUCGUUUCACCGUACCACUGCUAGCUCUAGUCAAGCACCAAGCGAAUACAAUUAAAACAAGAAUACUGAUAAAAGACUAUUUACUGUUUUAAACUUCGUAAAUUAGGACAAAUUCGAUGUGAAGGCUUAAGCGCGAAUGCUACCAUUAUGUAUUAAUUUAGUAUGUUCCCAUCAGAAAAUUGCUACUAUGCAUUAUUGUACUUUACAUAAACAUUAUUAAAUACCUAUCUAUGUAUGUAAGUAAAUACAUAAACAUUUG